GCCUCGUCGACCUUGGUUCAAGCCCGGCGGUGUUUCUUCUCCUUGAUUACUUAGUCUACUCGUCAAUCUUCGAUCCUAAGAAACCGACCUACGUCUUCCUUCCUCCAUUUUUUAUCUCCUUUUUCUCCCAUUUCCAUUUCUCAAAAAAGCGACAAAGCUGCACUGAGAUAUCCUGACGAAUUAGGGCUUAAUCGUUUUCGCAUAAUUCGAUUUGAUCUCUCUGUGUUUCGACAAUGGCGGGGAGGUCGAGAUCAUCGAUGACGAUGACCGUCACAAACACGCCGGCCAAAGAUCUCGCGUAUACGAAUUGCGCAUAUGUUUCCCCUUCCGAUCUUCGUCAAUUUGCUGUUCCUGGAUCCAAUCUCGCUCUCGCACUUGUUGGUGACGUGUUCGUUCUGUCUAUAGCUGCCUACGAUACCAUACAAAGUGGGCAAAUUGGUCUUAAUGCCAUCCAACGACGUCAUGCAAGAGUUUCUACUGGAGAUUCAGUAUCUGUUAGCAGGUUUGUCCCACCUGAAGAUUUCAACAUUGCCUUACUUACCCUCGAGUUGGAAUUUGUUAAAAAAGGGAACAAAGAAGAACAGGUUGAUGCUAUUGUUUUAGCUCAAAAGAUACGUGAAAGAUUUAUAAACCAGGUUAUGACAGCUGGACAAAGGGUAACUUUUGAGUUUAUUGGCAAUGGUUAUAUCUUCACAGUCACCCAAGUUGCUGUGGAAGGCCAGGACAAAACAGACAUUGAAAGAGGCAUGCUUUCAUCUGAUUCAUACAUUGUCUUUGAAGCCUCAAACUCUAGUGGAAUAAAGAUUGUGAAUCAACGUGAGGCUGCUAGCAGCAAUAUCUUCAGACACAAGGAGUUUAAUCUUCAAUCAUUGGGCAUAGGUGGUUUAAGCAAUGAAUUUGCAGAUAUUUUUAGAAGAGCUUUUGCCUCUAGGGUUUUCCCUCCACAUGUGGCAAGCAAAUUGGGUGUAAAGCAUGUGAAGGGAAUGCUGUUAUAUGGUCCACCUGGCACUGGGAAGACUCUAAUGGCUCGUCAAAUUGGAAAGAUGUUAAAUGGAAGAGACCCAAAGAUUGUAAAUGGGCCUGAAGUGUUGAGUAAGUUUGUUGGUGAAACUGAAAAAAAUGUAAGAGACUUAUUUGCUGAUGCUGAACAAGAUCAAAGAUCACGAGGAGAUCAAAGCGACUUACAUGUCAUCAUUUUCGAUGAAAUUGAUGCAAUUUGCAAGUCUAGAGGUUCUACUAGGGAUGGCACAGGAGUGCACGAUAGCAUUGUUAAUCAGCUCCUUACAAAGAUAGAUGGUGUGGAAGCACUGAACAAUGUGUUGCUCAUUGGUAUGACAAACAGAAAGGAUCUGCUUGAUGAAGCUCUUUUGAGGCCUGGUCGUUUAGAAGUCCAAGUGGAAAUCAGCCUUCCUGAUGAAAAUGGUCGUCUCCAAAUUCUUCAAAUUCACACAAACAAGAUGAAAGAGAAUUCUUUCCUUGCUCCAGAUGUCAACUUACAAGAACUUGCUGCAAGAACAAAGAACUACAGUGGAGCAGAACUUGAAGGUGUGGUGAAAAGUGCGGUUUCUUAUGCACUGAAUCGCCAGCUCAGCCUUGAUGAUCUUACCAAAAAAGUAGAUGAGGAAAGCAUAAAAGUCACCAUGGAUGAUUUCUUGAAUGCUCUUCAUGAAGUUAUUCCAGCAUUUGGUGCUUCCAUGGAUGGCCUUGAACGUUGCAGACUGAAUGGAAUAGUUGACUGUGGUCAGAAACAUGAUCACAUCUUCAAAAGAACAAUGCUAUUAGCAGAACAAGUUAAAGUUAGCAGAGGUAGUCCACUUGUCACAGUUCUUCUAGAAGGUCCUAGUGGCAGUGGUAAGACUGCAAUGGCAGCUUCUGUUGGUAUUGGUAGUGAUUUCCCAUAUGUGAAAAUCAUUUCGGCUGAAUCAAUGAUUGGCAUCAGUGAAGCCAGUAAAUGUGCACAGAUUGUCAAGGUAUUUGAGGAUGCUUACAAGUCAACACUGAGCAUUAUUAUCCUUGAUGAUAUUGAAAGACUACUGGAAUAUGUUGCUAUUGGACCUCGUUUUUCAAACUUGAUUUCUCAGACACUGAUGGUCCUCCUCAAACGCCUUCCACCCAAGGGUAAAAAUAUGCUGGUGAUUGGAACAACAAGUGAGGUGAACUUCCUGGAGUCGGUUGGCCUUUGUGAUGCUUUCUCAGUCACCUACCAUGUUCCUACAUUGAAAACCGAAGAUGCUAAAAAGGUAUUGCAACAACUUAAAGUGUUCUCGGAGGAUGAUGUGGAUUCUGCAGCUGAGGCUCUUAAUGAUAUGCCGAUCAAGAGGCUGUAUAUGGUGGUGGAGAUGGCGGCACAGGGAGAAUCCGGUGGAAGUGCGGAAGCUAUUUAUGCCGGAAGGGAAACAAUUCAAAUCUCACAUUUCUAUGAGUGCCUACAAGAUAUUGUCCGUUACUAAGCCUUGUGGGGCCCGGGAAGUACACCCUUUUCUUCCUCUUCAUAUAUAUAUAUAUAUAUAAUAUAGACCUGGUUUUGAUUUUUAUGGAAAACUGGAGUUUUGUUUUGUUUUGUUUUGUUUUGUGUUUAUUUAUUUUUUCCCUACAUUUGUUUUGGGUUAUAGCAACCACGUGACGAUUUGACAGCACAGUUUAGUAAUUACUUUGUGUGAGAAUAUAGCAGAUUCAUAGCUGCUGCUAAUUUGUAUGUGUUGACUGUUAUUGGUUUUAAAAGCUGGAAUUUUGGUAAAA